AUGGCUCCUCGACGUACCCAUAAAAAGUCUCGGAAUGGUUGUCGAGAAUGCAAAAGACGACAUCUCAAGUGCAACGAACAGUUCCCCUGCAGCAACUGCGCGAGUCAUGGCAUUGCAUGCAGCUUCGUUCCUCCCGGAGGCCCGGCUCUCAGCCAUGACGUGUCUCGAGGCCCUCAGGGCUCCCCAGCUGGACUUUCACCAGCAGCUCCGACAUUAAGUGCCGUAUCAACUCACCGUUCUCCGUCAAUGCCAACGCCCCCUGAAUCCGGGUACUCGGGGAACUCGGCACUCUUAGAUCUGCUUUCAGACACCCUCCACGAUGUACCGGCUGUACCCAAAGAGAACUGGGUCCGCGACCUAGAAUUGAUGCACCACUUUUGCACGGUAACGGCCGACACGCUCGCUAUACGCGAGGAUAUGCGGUAUACCUGGCGUGUAAUUGUUCCAACCGAAGGCUACAGUAAUGAAUUUGUCAUGCACGGCAUCCUCGCAACGGCUGCCAUUCACCGAGCCAGUCUCUUUCCCUCGCGCCGAUCAAUCUACCUUGAAUGCUCCGAUUACCAUCAAGCCUGUGGUCUGCGUACCUUUCGAGCUAUUCUCUCCUCUCCCUUAAAGCGCGAAAAUUGGCAGGCUAUCUUUUGUUUUGCCUCAAUGCUCGUUGUAUGGGUGCUCGCUAUGCCAGCCAGGUCUGCCGAUGGUCGCCUGCCCAGCCCGAUUGCAAACGUCAUCGAACUAUUCUCUGUCAUCAGAGGGAUUCAAGCUAUCUUAGAGCCUUUUCAACACCCCCUUAAGCACUCUUCAUUAACAGCUUUUGUGCACGGGGUCUGGACAUACAACGAUGACAAAGAUUGGUCACUAAGCUCCGCAUCCGAGAGUCUCCUUCCCAGUGAUACUAUGUCCCAACUAGGAAGUCUGCGGGGUUUGGUCGAGUCCAGCAACCUCAACCCGGAUAAAAAGGAGGAUCACAUGUCCGCUAUUUCGACUUUGGAGCUCUCAGUCAAACACAUGGCCGUAGCUGGCCUGCGUAUCGAGCGCUACGCCACUCUGGAGGCAAUCAACAAACGAAAUCUCACGAUACAGCAGCCUAUUGAUCGCACUGGUGACCUAACGAGGCUGCAUACCAUCAUCGGCCCCAAACCUUUCGCCUUGACUGGAGAAUUUGAGCCGCAAUGCCCAAGGAUCUAA